CAGCAGAGGCCGAGAAAGACGCCGCCCGAGACACACAGACAGAGAGCAUCCUUCCCCCGCCGACGCCGCCGCCUCGCAAUCCGCCGCCAUCCUCCGCCGCCCCGGACCCCAGGCGCCCCUCAACCAUCACAGGCAGAUCGGGAGCGGUGCAGAGAAUUUCCUUACUCGAUGACCUUUCAUCGCAAUGUCCGAUCGUUUGGGGCAAAUAACCAAGGGAAAGGAUGGGAAAAGCAAGUACUCGACUCUCAGCCUGUUUGAUAAGUAUAAGGGAAAGUCAGUAGAAGCUAUCAGAACUACAGUUAUUCCUAGACAUGGCUUACAGAGUCUUGGGAAAGUUGCUGCUGCACGGCGCAUGCCACCUCCUGCCAACUUGCCAAGUUUGAAAUCUGAAAACAAAGGAAACGACCCCAAUAUCAUAAUUGUACCGAAGGACGGUACAGGAUGGGCAAACAAGCAGGACCCCCCAGACCAAAAGAGUUCCAGUGCCACGGUAGUACAGCCGCAGGAGUCGCUGCAGCAGCAGGAUUUGCAGAAAUCUGCCUCCAGUUUACAGAAACUGACACAAUCAAUCAGUCAGGAGAGUACAAAUUUAGCGCCAGGUGGACCAAAGUCAUGGGCACAGCUGAAUGGAAGGCCAGCAGGACAAGAAGGUGGUUCAAGGGCCUCAAACCGACUGUUAUCCUUCUCUCCCGAGGAAUUUCCGACGCUGAAAGCAGCCGGCGAGCAGGACAAGGCUGGCAAAGAAAAGGGCGUCUUAGAUCCGUCGUAUGGGCCCGGACCAAGCCUCCGCCCCCAGAAUGUCACAAGUUGGAGGGGGGGCGGUGGCAGAAACAUAACCUCUGCCACAUCUCUGACGUCCUCCUUGACUGAGCCGGGCAGCAAGACCUUGAGCACAGGAGAGGGAGCUCCCUCCCCAGCCAAUGCCAGCGACCUGAAGGAGCCCUCCCUCCGCCCGACUCAGCCUGUUCGUAAAGGGGCUUCGCAGUUUAUGGCCAAUGUUUACCAGCCACCAACCUACCAUGACAUGCUGCCUGCUUUUAUGUGUUCAAAACAGCCGUCUGAGACCCCUGGAUCAUUGGAACAUGGGUCCUCUUUCCCUCUCCCCCAGUUUCGCCUGGAACCCCGUGUCCCCUUCAGACAAUAUCAGACCAACGACCAAGAUGGAAAAGAAAACCGAAUUGGGAUCUCACGCCCAGCUCGUCCUGUCCGCCCACAGGGGGAGUGGAUCCCUCGACCCACCAUUAUCAAUGCAGAGAAUCUGAAGGGGCUGGAUGAGCUUGACAAUGAUGCAGAUGACAGCUGGGCAGGUAUCCAUGAUGAAGUGGAUUACUCUGAGAAACUGAAAUUCAGUGAGGAUGAAGAUGAGGAAGAUACCCAUAAAGACGGAAGGCAGAAAUGGAACAGCUGGGACCCCAGACGGCAGCAGCAGCUCUCCUUAAGCUCAGCGGACAGCACAGAUGCCCGGCACAUCCCAGAGGAAGCAAAGAACUGGAACGACUCGACAGGCCUCUGUCGCCCCCCUCGCAAAGCUCAGGAUGCCCUGCCUCCUUCAAAGAAGGGGACUGGCUGGGCUGCCCUUUCCGACUAUCAGAAACCUACACCACCUUGCCUCCGGCAGCAGUCUUAUGAGGAGAAGGAAGAGAAGCUUCCGUUGAGGCAGAAAUUCAUCCACUCUGAGAUGUCGGAGGCUGUUGAGCGUGCCAGGAAGAGGCGAGAGGAGGAGGAGCGUCGAGCACGGGAGGAGCGCCUGGCAGCUUGUGCUGCCAAAUUGAAAGAACUGGACCAAAAAUGCAAAAUGGCACAGAAAGGAGGAGACAACCACAAACAGACAGAACACGAAGAACCCAGACCCUCUGCCACAGAGAAGAAUGGUGCGCCUGAGAAUAGCCACAUGAUCCGUAGAGGAAACCCUGAAUUUCAUACCCAGGAAUCUUCUUCCAGUUAUGGGGAAGAGGAGCCCCCAACUCUGUUGUCCACCCAUCGAAGUAGCAGCGAGGAGGACCUCAGAGAGCCUGCCUCAUCAGCCCAAGAUUUGAAUAAGAACCCAAAAUUACUUCCCCCUCGUUUCCAGCGGCAACAGCAGCAGGAGCAGCUGUAUAAGAUGCAGGGCUGGCAACAUUCUCAGGUGUACCCCACUUCCUCCCACCCUCAACGGACCUUCUACCCACCACACCCACAGAUGCUGGGCUUUGACCCCCGAUGGAUGAUGAUGCCCUCUUACAUGGACCCUCGCAUGACCCAAGGACGCCCCACUGUGGAUUUUUAUCCCUCAGCACUUCAUCCACCAAGUAAAGGAAUUAUGAAGCCUGGAAUCCAGCAUGACUCCAUGAACAGGAUUGGCUGCUCCUCAGAGAAGCAGGGCUGCCAGCCCUUGGUGCAGCAGGAAAGGGAAAGCAUUUCUGGGGAUCUAGCCCCAGUGUGGGGCCAGGAUAGCUAUGCCCCCCUGCAAAGCAAAAGAUGCCCUGUGCUGCGCCAAAAACAAACAGAGGGGAUAUCCAUGCAGGGGUUGCAUACAAGGAAUGACAUCUCUUACCCAGCGCAGUCCAGCAUCAAUGCCCAGCGGGAUCUCUUUGUAGAGCCGGAGGACUAUUUGAAUACCUUCGACAAAAGGCCCCAAGCCAGUUUUGACAACUGCCUGGCCACCUCCCAAAGGGUAAACCAAGAUCAUAUCUUCCAGCCCCAACAGUGUGAUCCUGACACUUUGGAGACUUGUCACUUCAGCCUGAGGCGUUCCCCAGUGGAGCCUGGUUUGGUCCAAGCCAGUAAGAAGCCAGACUACAAUGGCUGGGAUGUAAGCCAGUAUCAGAAGCUGUCGGAGGCAGCACCGGCUAAAGAAGAAGUGGCUUCUCGGGAUGAGCAGCUGUUCAGUGCUGAGACAUGGAAGAAAGAAGAACCUGCAGAUAAGCUGGCUGCUGUUGCUGAGCCAGCAUGGCCUCCUGAGACACGAAACACUAGCAGCCAUCCAGAGCAGACAGGUAGGGCCCGCCGAUCAGGCCCCAUUAAGAAGCCAGUGCUGAAGGCGCUAAAAGUGGAGGAGAAGGAAAAGGAGAUGGAGAAGGGGAAGUUGGAAGGGGAAGAGGCCACCCAGCCAGCGAAGGAAAAGGCUCCCUUGGUCCACAAAGCAGAAGAUGACAGUGACGGUGACUCUGUGACUUUACUCUCCACCUCCAAUUACCACUUGCUGGAGGAGAGGGUUUCUUCUCGGCCUGAUGCUCGUGAAUCUGAGAAACCCUGCGAAGAAGAGGAGGAUGAGGAAGAAGAAGAACAGGAACAGGAGGAUGAGGAUGAGAAGAGUGGGCGGGCCUGGGAGGGGAAAACUCAGUCAAGGGCAUCCAGUGACCUGCCCCCCACCAAAAGAAAUAACUGGAUCUUUAUAGAUGAGGAGCAGGCCUUUGGUGGAAGGGGCCGGGGCCGGGGCCGCAAUUUCAGAGAAUUCACCUUCCGAGGCAGGGGCAACACUGUGGGCUCUGGAGGCAGUACAAGCAAUGGCAGCCGGGGUGCUUACAGUACCACUUCUGCCAUCAUUAGCAGCAGCAGUGGCAUGCAGAGAAGCAGCCAGGGCCGGGCCUUGAAGGAGAUCAAUCAGUUAGAGGAGUUUCCUCGUGGGAAGCCCAGACGCCGGAUUGCCAGUGAGACCCACAGUGAAGGCUCUGAGUAUGAGGAGCUGCCCAAGCGUCGCCGUCAGAGGGGCUCUGAGAAUAGCAAUGAGGAUUCCGUCCCUGAAAAGGAAGAGGCUGAGCUCAAGAAGGGGGACUUCCAUGACUCCUGGAGGUCCAAUAAGAUCUAUUCAGAUGACCAUGGUGGCUUGGACCCCAAGACAAGGACUCCGCGAACAUUUGGGCGAUCGCUGCCUCCACGGCUGAGCAACUCUAGCUAUGGGCGAAGGGGCUUCAUUGCCAAGGAAGCCUCCCAGUGGCAGGGAAGAAAUGUAGGGAACAGCUGGCAGGAGUAUGGCCACAGCACUGCUCCAGAUAUCUUUGAGACCCGGCGAGGCCAGUCUGAGAGGGACUAUGGCCAGGACUUGUACAAGCAGACAGAAUCCUACAGCCGGCGGCCCUUUGAGGAGGACCCCCUCGACAAGCGGCACUAUUUCCUGGAGGAUAAUGGGGGUGACCCUGAAAACUCUGAGAACCGACCUUUUCGUCGACGGCGUCCCCCCCGCCAGGACAAGCCCCCUCGGUUCAGACGCUUGAGGCAGGAGCGCGAGUCUGUGGGGCAGUGGAACCCUGAAGAGGGUGGAACCGGCCUUUUUAGUAGCCAGUGGUCUGGGAGAGGCAAGUUAUCUGCAGUAGAUGGGAACAGCUCCUCUGCACGGCGCUCUCCAGAGCUCUCCUAUCAGAACUCUUCUGAUCACGCCAAUGAGGAGUGGGAGACAGCUUCCGAGAGCAGUGACUUCAGCGAACGCCGGGAGAGACGUGGUGGUGGGAACUCAGAGAAUGAGACCAUGCUGGACAACAGCAUCUCAUGCAGUGGCAGUGAGAAGAGGGAACUGGCCAAGCGAAGCUUUUCCAGCCAACGGCCUGUGGCAGAUCGCCAGAGUCGGAAGAAUGAGCCAGUGGGAUUAGGAGAGAAAGCAGUGAGAGCUGGUGGGAGUGGAGGGACAUCCCAUUAUGAAAGCCAGCAGAAUGUGGUCCCACAAGGGAAAGGCAAAAGAUCUCCUGAGGAAGGUGGGAUCCUAGAUACCAGCAGAUCUGGGAGCAGCCACUUAAUGUACGGCUCUCACGCUAACUUGAACAGCAUCGAGGGACUGGGGAAGAAGCAGGAGAGGGAGCCAAAAUCUGCAGCUCAACAAGGAGUUGAGAAGGGAGAGACUGCAUCUCAGUUUGAGCUUGGCUAUGGAAACAGCAUCAUUGAAAGCCAGCUUACAGGCCCCAUGGAGGAGAAUGAAGGAGAGGUCCCGAUGCCCAGCGAAGGCUUCAUUGAGGUCCUGACAAAGAAGCAGAGGCGGUUGCUGGAGGAGGAGCGUAGGAAGAAGGAACAAGCUGCCCAGGUCCCACCCAAAGGUCGCACCCUUCAGUCUCGUAUCCCACCUCGCUUUGCCAAGAAACAGAGCAACGUGUGCCUUGAGCAAGGAGACAUUACAGUGUCCGGAAACAGCCUGGGCACGGAGAUUUGGGAGACCAAUAGUCCAGCCCUCUCCAUUCAGUCGCCUGCCACUGAUUCUUGGAGCAAAGCUAGCAGCGCCUUCAAUAGCACUGAAUCCAGCUCUACCGAGCAGGGCUUUAAAGGCAGCCAGGGGGACAGCGGCAUUGAUUUGAGCGCAGAGUCACGAGAGUCGUCUGCCACUUCUUCCCAGCGCAGCUCUCCCUACGGUACCCUGAAGCCUGAAGAGAUGAGUGGAAGCAGCCUUGUGGACCCCAAGUCUGAUUGCCAGAAGGAAGUGUCUCUUAAGCAGCCAGAUAAAAUGGAUUCAGAGCAAGGCCUGAGCCAGAGCAAGGACCACAAGCCUGGGCCAAUUGGCAAUGAACGUUCCUUGAAAAACCGGAAGGGCUCUGAGGGAGCAGAACGCCACGAAGGCAGCAUCCCUCCAGGAAAUGGGGUGGAGAUACACGUUGACUCGGUCCUUCCUGUGCCACCUAUUGAAUUUGGAGUAAAUCCUAAAGACUCGGAUUUCAGUUUGCCUCCUGGCUCAGCCUCUGGUGCAGCAGCCAACCCUGUUACGAAAUUACAGGAUGCCUUGGCCAGCAAUGCUGGGCUUGCUCAGUCUCUCCCUGUUCUCCGAAGGGAUCACCAUCUCCAGCGAUGUAUCGGCUUGAACCCCAUGUCUUACCCUACAGCAGACCUCACUCUUAAGAUGGAGUCGGCACGCAAAGCUUGGGAAAACUCCCCCGGCCUGCCAGAACAGAGCUCUCCUGGAGCCGCUGGUUCUGGCAUCCAACCCCCUUCCAGUGUUGGGGCUUCAAAUGGGGUCAACUACAGCUCUUUUAGUGGUGUCACGCCCAUGCCUGUGGCCUCUGUGGCACCAUCGGCUUCAAUUCCAGGUAAUCACAUCCCACCCCUGUAUUUAGAUGGCCAUGUGUUUGCAAGCCAGCCACGCCUUGUUCCCCAGACGAUACCUCAGCAACAGAGCUACCAACAGGCUGCUCAGCAAAUUCCUCUUUCACUCCACACAUCACUUCAAGCUCAAGCUCAACUUGGACUGAGGGGUGGCCUUCCUGUCUCACAGUCCCAAGAGAUCUACAAUUCCAUUCAGCCCUUCAGAUCUCAGGUCUACAUGCACCCCAGCCUGUCUCAACCCAACACGGUAGUCCUGACAGGAGGCACCGCCCUGAAGCCCCCCUAUUCUGCCUUCCCGGGCAUGCAGCCUUUGGAGAUGGUGAAAACGCAAUCUGGAUCCCCUUACCAGCCAGUGAAUGGAAGCCAGGCCCUAGUUUAUGAAGGCCAGCUCAGCCAAGCGCCCGGCAUGGGAGCCUCACAGAUGAUGGACUCACAGCUCGGCCAGCUCACCAUGUCCAUGCCUGGCUCCCAGCUUCCAAUGCCCCGCUACGGCUCCAGCCAGCAGCCUCUGAUCUUACCACAGUCCAUUCAGCUUCCCCAGGGCCAGAGCCUGUCAGUUGGAGCUCCCCGCAGGAUACUCUCUCCUGGCUCCCAACCAUCUGUUCUUGCUACAAACAGGGAGUCUUCUCACAUGGAAAUGAAAGGGUUCCACUUCACAGAUGCUAAACACAAUGUGCCCACUGGAGGAUCUGUUCCAUCACAUCAUGCGUACAGGCCUAGUUCUGCCAGCCCCAGUGGGAAGUCCUCGGGAUCAGCUGUCAGCAUGAACUCUGUGCAGGGGCAUUACAUCCAGCAGGCAAAGCAGCGGGUAGAUGAAAGCAAAGGCAACCUUGGAGCCAUGAAACUGCAGGAACUUCCCUCUACCAGUCAGAUGAAGCCGGCACGAACCGGAGCGAUCAAGCCUCAGGUUGUCAAAGUGGAGGAGAGCAAGGCCUGAGCAGCUGUGCCCCCCUGCCCCAUGCCUGCUAGCUUGUUCUGUUCAACACAGAGAAGGAAACACACACAGAGAGAAGGCUCUGCAGCUCAUUUCACAUUCCUUCCCCUGCCUCCAGCAACUAGAUGUGCCGAGACUCCUCACCACCUCGACAUCAUCGCCCGUAACAAUGUUGUCCUUCUCCCCAUGAAGCAUUUCUUGAGCAGUGGAUUUUGAUGUUGGUCUGCUUGCUUCAAAACAGACAAACAAGGCAAACACCCCUGGCUGCCCCCAGGACUAUUGAAUGGCUCUGGCCAUUAACUUUUCUGCCUUUUCCUUGUCCCUUCCAUGUGCAAAUUGCAGCAGCUGCUCUUUCAGUAAAGCUCCCUUCCCUUCCUCCUCUACCCCUCCUGUCAGCAGAGGGUGGAAGUGUGCUGGAUCCUACUUUUAUUUUUAAAGGCCACAAGAGGUUUUUUUAAAAGAAACAAACAGGAUAUUGUGUUUUUUGUUGUACAGCUGAAAGAUUUUCUGUUUCCUCAUAUUUCCCUUCCAUCCCCCCCCCCCCCCCCCUUUCCCUUCUGGAAACAAAUUGCCCCCCCCCCCCCAAAAUCAUGUUCUUGGCUGCAUCCUCUUUCAUGGCUGCAGUGUGUGUGUGUGUGUGUGUGUGUGUGGUAUGUUACACUGAGGUUUCUUGCACUCUUAAGUGGGUUGCACAGGCUUUUGGUCCUUGACUCUUUGAUUUUAUUACACGUAAAUGCAGCAUAGGCAUUCAGCAACUUAUCUGGGCAUUUCCCUCCCCUUCUCUCAACACUAGAAGCAGAGCUUGCUUUAGAGGUAAAAUGUGUAGGAAAAGUGUUUAGAGUAGGUCAAAUACAGUGAAUCUCGAUGCCUGUUCUGCUCUUCAGCUGACACUUCUGGGAUCCUUCUCCUCCUCCCCUUCAUAGCAAAGAUGAAGAACAGUGGUGACCUUUUUUCUCAUUUCAGGAAAGGCACUAAGUUUCUCCCUUGAGAUUCAUACAAAUUUGGCAAACAAUGUGGAGGAUUUUUUUUUGGUAGGGAUGUUUACUUUUGGUAUUAUUACUAUUAUACUUUGUAAUGUUUUGGAAACGAUUAGAUUUGUGAUGGGGAAGGGAUUUGGGAUUCUCAGAAUUUACACAAUGUAAUGUCUGUUACAGAAGUUACUUGCCUUGGGUUGAUCAACUGAGUUGGCAAGAGCCCCAGAGAAUUCAUGUGGCUGAUCUUUUGUGCUUAAUGUGCAUGUUUAGGGUUAAAUUCUAUACUCAAUGUCAACUACAGGGGAACCAGAGGAUCUGUGGAAACUUUCAGUGGGUCUGCUGUAAUUGAGAUUAUCAAUUGCAUACUCUUUUCUUGUUUUCCCUUGUGUUUUUCCUGGUCGCUUUGUUUUUGGAUUCUUUAUUGCAUCUUGGUUGAUCUAUAAUUUUUUGAUGGUGCCUCUGUGGAGUUACAGGGGAGGCCUCUGCUAUAGACAUCUCUUCUUUCAUUAUAUAGGCCUGGAAAAACUUUUUCCAGACCUCAAACUCCCCUUUAAUUCCUUAAUUUUAAAAACUUCAGAGGAGGUUGAAAAAUGGCCCCCAAAUCACUUUAGAGGCCCCCCAACAUAGCAGUUUGGCCAUCCAAUGAGUCCCACAAUCUCAUAACCCCAAACAUACAGAGCAGGAAAGCCCAAAAAUAUGGCCAAAAAGCACAGAAAAGAAGUAAGGGAGUGAUAUCCAUUUGCCAAAAUAGCAUUGGGGGUAUACAGGAGCAAUAUAUAUAUAUGUGACAGUGUGCAGUUGAGUAUUGAUUUUGUCUUCUCUCUCCUUCACGGCUAGAAAAUAAUUCCUUCUAGUGCCCUUCUUUCUGGCAACUACAGGCAAAACACCCUGAUCUUUUUUCAACAUAAGAAAGUAAGAUGCUAUUUUUUCCUCUUGUCAGUGGUCACUUAAUAGCUCUCUCAGUUGCUUUUCCUAUUAGUGUCAAGCCAGUCGUUUUGCUGGUGGUUCCAAAGAUGACGUUUUGAACAAAGAAUGUAUUUUAAGAGUGGGAGUAUGCAAAAUUUGACUCGGAAGACAAGCACAUCCUGAUGGAUUUUCUUUUAAAAAGGUUCUUUUUUAAAAACAAAGGCCUGUUACAGACUGCCAAAAUAAAGCUGCUUCGGGUCUCUUUGGAGGUCUGCUGUUUAAAUGAUGCAUGCAUCCUAAGA